AUGGGCUUGCCGUCGACUGCGGACGAGGAGUGGCUACAGCACUACCAGACAGUGGCAUCAGCCACGGCAUCGAUUCUCUCAAUCACUGGCUCCUUUUACAUUAUCGGCCGCUACUGGUAUGCACGGAGACUUAAGGCCAAGUCACUCUCGGUUUACGCUGCCUCCGCGCAUCACCUUGAUGUUACAAAAGAGCUCAUUCACAUUAUCGCGUACUACGACCUCUUUGGUGCUACUGGGCGAGCUUUUGGUGUCUUGCCUACAGAGACCUUUGACCAAGAUGCCGGCGAGCCUGUGACCCCAAUCUGCAAGCUCCAAGCUUUUGUCAUUACGUUUGGAGACGGCGCACCAAUCAUGUGGAACUUUAUUAUGGCACUCAAUUUAUACCGAUGGGUCUGCAUGGGCGAGGAUCAACAGAUGCUCAUGAAGAGAAUCAAGUAUUACAUCGGCAGCACAUUAAUCUUUACGAUCACUCGACGGAAAGUCUUUUUUGGAUGUUUGGAGCCUUAUACUUCUGGAUUAUUGCUGGAGGCUCUGCCAUGA